CAUUCAUCAACAAGCCACCGUCUUAGCACCCCUCAAUUCCAUCUCGAUAAUUAUCAUCAUCAGUAUGGCCAUUAUGGAAGACAUUUCCAUGGCUGCUGACUACGCAAUGUCGAAAGCUUUUGGUGACGGCGAAAUCCGAGAGGUGAACAUGAAGCUCGCGAGAAAUAUUUCGCUUUUCGGAUCAGCGAUCAUCUUCUUUAAGAUAUACGGCCAGUCGUUCGAUGUCUAAGGCGAGCGCUUUUGAAAGACCCCCCUCACGGCGGGCGCGAACCUAGCGUCUACCACCUAGCGUCUACCUCACUGAAAAAGAAAACUGUGAAACAUGCGAGUGAUGGUUGUAGUGUCAAGCGCUGUGAGUACUGGACAUUUCAUGAAUGCAGUUGACACACUGAAUCGGCGUUAGGCGAUUAC